UAUUCGUGCACAUCAUUGUGUAGGUAAUUAUUUCCCUAUCCUAUUUGUUGGCGACUCGCCGCCUGAUUAAAAAAUGACGGGAUCGAAAGUGAUCGAUAUCCACCGGAUAUUAAAAAAAUCGAUAAAAGAUGAGUUCGAAAUCGUCUACCAAGAAACAAAAUCACUGACUACACCCGGUGAGCACUACGGCUCUAUAAUGCUUGCAGUGGACGUUAAAAUAAAAUUUUCUAAAGACGGAAGUGAAAAAGUGCUGAAUUUGGUGGCAAAACUUCAACCAGCCAAUGAGAUGUUGAGAGCGGCCUUCGAUGUCCAAACGACCUUCAAAAAGGAAGUGUUAUGCUACACCGUUAUGAUACCUGCACUUAUAGCUUUCCAAAAGGAGUUCAAAGUUCCAGAAAAGAAAAGUAUCGCGAAUCUGUUUCCGAAGUGUUAUGGCGCCAGAUUCAGCUUAGACGAAAACAGCAACCAGGUGGACGAUGGGGCUGUUAUCAUUUUAGAAAAUUUGAAGCAGAAGGGAUAUUACACGGGUGACAGGUUGGUGGGGUUAGAUUUUGAGGCUGCACAGGUGAUUUUGAAGGACUUGGCCAGGUUUCACGCUACGUCUAUAGCACUUAAAAAACUUCGACCAGAGGUGUUUGAGGAAAAAUUGAUGGCUUGCACCAUGCCUGGGAGUGGGGCCAAUGCAUUACCAGAGCAAUUCGCCAGUGCGCAUAAAGAUGGAUUGAGAGAUAGUUCAAAAGAAAUUCCCGUUUUAAAACCGUACUUGGAGAAAAUUCAGAAAGUUUGUGACAGAUUUAGUGGACUCUCAAAACCUGAACCUAAUGAAACAUGGGGCACUAUAUGCCAUGCUGAUUUCUGGAUGAGUAAUACUAUGCUCUUGAACUCCGCGAGUGGUAAGCCUAUAAGCAGCAAAAUUGUUGACCUUCAGUUUGCUAUUUACGCUUCAGCUCUUACAGACUUGGUAUUCUUCUUAUUCACGAGUGUUAUAAAUUCUGUUCUCGAAAAGUCUUAUGAGACUUUUCUAAAGGUUUAUUACGAUAGUUUCAUCGACACUUUGAAAGACUAUAGUAUCGAUAUGAGCCCAUAUUCGUGGAAGUCGUUCGAGAAUGAAUUAGAAGUAGCUGGACCUGUUGAAGUAUGUCACAUACUGAUGCUGUUGAAGCCUAUUUGUACUGAGAGAAAUAUAAUUAAGAAUUCGUUCGAAGAUUUUGAGGAUUCUGAUUGGUACAGAAAGGAUUUGUUGGGACCAAAUCAUCGUAGGAAGUUGAAAGAUACAGUUCUAGCAUUGAUAAAGAAGAACUGGUUAUGAUAAUGUUGGUUUUUAUGUUUGUAUUGAUGUCAAUAUAACAAACGAAUCGUAUUAAAAUUGGUUUUAUCCACGGCUGCGUUGUAUGAAAUUAUGAAUAUUAUACAUGUACUUCCUCAAGCAAAACGGUAGCCAUUUUUCACACCAGUGAAUAAUAGCAGUGAAUAACCAUAAUUCACUGGUUUAGAGUUCCUAGGUUACGCGAUAUAACAUAUAAUAAACUUUAGACCAGUGAAUAAUGGUUAUUCACCGCUAUUAUUAACUGGUGUAAAAAAUUACUAUUGUUUUGCUUGGGGAAGUACAACAGUCGUGGACAAAGAAUUAUAUGACAGGUAUCUUCAAUUUUUAGUUUUCUUGUCGAAUGAGUUAUGAUAAAACAGUUGUAAAAAAUAAAUUUAUUUAUCAUAGACAAUAGUAGUCGUGGACAAAGUAUAGUAAUCUUCUCGCAUAAAAUGAACUAUCAUUCACUCAGGUAAAUUAUGCCACUCGCUACGCUCGUGACAUAUAAAGUUGACCUUCGUGAAUAAUAGCCCUCCUUAUAUGCUUGUUGAAUAAUAUACUAUUAUUCACGACUGUUGUUUAACAUUCAUAAUAUACAUGUACUUCCUCAAGCAAAACGGUAGCCAUUUUUCACACCAGUGAAUAACCAUAAUUCACUGGUCUAGAGUUUCUAGGAUACGCGAUACAACAUAUAAGGAACUUUAGACCAGUGAAUAAUGGUUAUUCACCGCUAUUAUUCACUGGUGUGAAAAAUUACUAUCGUUUUGCUUGAGGAAGUACAACAUCAGUCGUGGACAAAUAAUUGAUAUAACAGAGGUAUCUUCAAUUUUUAGUUUUCUCAAUGUCAAAUGAGUUAUGAUAAACCAGUUGUUGAAAAUGAAAUUAUAUAUCAAAGACAAUAGUAGUCGUGGACAAGGUUUAGUAUGUACAUUAUUCUACUCGCAUAUAUAAUGAGCUAUUAUUCACUCAGGUUAACCUUCGUGAAUAAUAGCCCUCAUUAUAAUCUUGUUGAAUGAUAUACUAUUAUUGGAUAGGUAACGAAUUUUAAUGUCUUGCCAAUAAAACAAUGAAUAGUUUCAUUUUCAUUUGGUUUUUUAUUGGAUAGGUAACGAAUGUCGACAUCUGAUGAAUAAUUUCUGUCUAUUCAAUUCUCAUCACCUAUUUUGAUCAUAUCAGUUUCAAAGUUGUACCUGUAAUUCUCAAGUAGGUAUUUUAUCAUUCAUUUCCUAAGCAAAAAUAGUUUAUAAUAGAUAAUUUGUCAAUAAAAGACCAUAAUCAUUUUUUUUUCGAUCAAUAAAAAACAUACACAUAGAUUACACACAUUGAGAGAUGAGUGGUUAUAGUUAUAGAUAAUAAUAUACAAGUUGUAUUUCGACAAACACAUAGGUACCUAAUAACCUAAUGAAUUAAGGUGAAUAUUAGAUUAUCUGAAUCUAAACACUCUUAUCAUUCAUUAUUAUGUACUGGUCCAGCCAUUUUUCGAUUACUGGAAGAUUAUCGUUGCUCCAUUUUGUUUCUUCUUUGAUAUUUCUCAAAGCCUUUUCGAUUACAAAAUCUGCAGUCCCGAAUUCUGUCUGCCUUUCCACAUAAAGUUCGGAUACCAAAUCCAAACCCUCUUGAGUUUUGAAGACUGUGGUAGCCGAGGUUAUGAGACUGUUCCAUAAGUGUGGUUUCUCUUCAAAU